GGGGAUUAAAUGCUGAGCUAAAACCAACUUUAAAAAACAUCCGGUUACAGAGGGAGAGACAAGACCGCUGUGUAGAUUUAAGAUGUAUAGCGGGAAAGCUUAAAUGGUAUUAAAAAGACGGUACUUGUUGUUGUAAGUAUCAACAAGAACAAUCUGAUAAGGAACAAACUGGAUUACAGAACAUACAUUUGUUGACAGACCGGCGAAAGCGUGGCUUUGGUUACUUUCUUCAGAUUCACAACAGGAAGCAGUCUGACACACAGAAACGUGGUGGCCAGUGUCUGAAUGAUUAUAAAAUUACUUUUUUUGUUGACCAUUUACUGAGGAUAGCCGGGCUCGUGCAUGUAGUUUACGAUUUAUUUAGUUUGUUUUUAAAGGCCUGGUGUUCUUAUUUGCCACGGUAAUUCCUGAAUGAUUUGCCCGAAGAAGGUCGCUGUGUCCUGGAGGACACUUUCCCAGUCAGCUGGGGUUUUUUUGGAAGUGCGCAUGUUGUCAGAACGUGACUAUAUAAUAAUUACACAACUGUGCUAAAUUACCGCGAUUGAGUGGUAAUUUUUACAUAGUUAUAUAAUGGAGGCUUCUUUUAAAAUAAUAAGGACCCUGUAUGGAACAUUGGAGAAUAAAGCCGGCAGUUUCGCUGCACUACAAUUUUCACCGUGUGUGAAAUGUGGAAAUGUUCCUGGUUUUUCGUACUACCCCGUCAACAAAAUAAGAACUUUAACUGCACAACCUAGGAGGGUGGGACGCCAGUGCCAAACGCUGCUACAGAUGGAUUCAAGUAAUCGCUCAAUUUUCUGUCGAGGGAUAGUGACUGAUACUUCACAGACUGCUCUAGCCAGUGUGGUUCCAGUAUUUGCUGUGAUGAAAUUUGACAAAGAGGGGAAUGUGACUUCAUUUGAGAGAAAGAAGACUGAAUUGUACCAAGAACUGAGCCUCCAAGCUCGGGAUUUACGAUUCCAGCAUUUAACAAGUAUAACCACAAGAAAUAAUAAGAUCAUUCUGAGGAUGGAGUUUCUAAAGGCUGUGAUUUCCCCGGAUUACCUUUUGAUCCUGGAUUAUCGAAACCUGAACCUGGAGCGCUGGCUCUUCAGAGACCUGGCCUCCCAGAUUGCUGGAGAUGGGCAGCUUGUCACUUAUUCCUUACCGUUUGAGUUUAGAGCCAUAGAAGCUAUACUUCAACACAGGAUUGAUACCCUUCAAACUCGGCUACAGGAGCUACAGCCACAGAUACUUGAAACCCUGGAAUCACUUGUGGAUCCCAAAAUGUUAUCGGUUGAUAGGAGCAAACUGCAUGUUUUACUACAGAACAGUAAGAACCUAUCUGAGCUGGAGACUGAUAUCAAAGUAUUUAAGGAGUCCCUGUUGGAGAUUUUGGAUGAAGAGGAGUUAAUAGAAGAACUCUGUCUCACAAAGUGGACUGAUCCUCAAGUUUUUGAGGAGAGCAGCUUGGGAAUAGACCAAGCAGAGGAAAUGGAGCUGCUUCUGGAGAAUUAUUACAGACAGGCCGAGGAUCUAGCAAAUACAGCUCGAGAACUGAAAGGGCUGAUCGAUGACUCUGAAAGUGUCAUCUUUAUUAAUCUGGACAGCCACCGCAAUGUUAUGAUGAGACUUAAUCUUCAGCUGACAAUGGGGACCUUUUCUAUUUCCUUGUUUGGACUGAUGGGAGUUGCAUUUGGUAUGAAUCUGGAGUCCUCCUUUGAAGAGGAUCCAAAGGUCUUCUGGCUGGUCACAGGAUUAAUGUUUUUAGGAAGCGGGCUUAUCUGGAGGCGCCUUCUUUCCUUCUUAGGACGACACCUUGAGCCUGCCUCCCCACCACCGAUGCCUCCCAUAUGGAAGAAGGGUCACCUAGGCAGCUUAAGAGGGUUGGACACAAAAACUGGACUGAGAACAGAAUAUUUUCCUUCAAGCAAGAAUCCUCUCAUGAAUCACAAAUAGUAAUUUGGUACAUGAUACUUGAUCUUACUCUGAGAACAUCCAUUGUUACUCGGUUUUGUGAAUUUAAGUGUUGUGCCUUUUCCUGUGUUGGCAAAGAUAAAAUGUGCUGAGAGUAGUUGUAGUUAUUACCAUAAUCUGAAUGAACAGUUUGUUUGCUAUUGUUACAAAUUGCAAAUCGAUGCCGUUUUUAAUUAUUUCUUUUAAUCAUGACACCAAUUUACAGGUCAACAGAAAGUGCUUAGAAUGUAUUUUCACAGUGCAACCAAUUUAACGCACACUAACAGGAGUUGUGGACUCUGCUAAAACAAUUCAACUUUAAUUUGUAACAAUGCCUACAACUACAUGGAUUAAAAGUGUUCCUCCACCAAAACUGCCUUUUAAUGUAAAGUAUAUUUUCUUAGGCGUUUCAUAAAUUGUGGCUACCAAAUACUUAUUUAUUUAAACACAGUAUUUAAGAUGUUCUGCUACAGUUGUUAUAGUGCAUACUUGGAGCGCACAGAUUUCAAAUAGUGGCAUUUUAUUCUUUUAUUGUUAGGUCUUUCACAUGUUUGAGAUCUGAAAAACAUAUUGCAUAUUAUUCUCCCAUGUUUUUGUAAAGUACAUCAAACUGAGUAAAUCUCAAUUAGGUACCCUCGUUUUUAUUGUAUUUUAUUUCUAUUUUAUACCCUCUCCUUUUAUAAAUUGCAUAUGGAAAAUCAACCAAUCACCAUUCAGGAUUUGUCAAGGAUCUUAUCUUGUAUACAGAGGUCAUCUGAGGCAUAGAACAUUUGGCACAAUUAUAAAAUAAAGUUUUUUUUUUUGUU